UUGGCCUCGAUUUGUCACCUCCUCCUUUGAGAACCCCUUCAUUUCUGAAACCUCAACAUAUCCUCAACUAAGGAGGAUCAUGGAAGGACUAUCAACUAUUUGUGCUGGUAUAGGAAUCCUCGAAGAAGACGACCACGGCAAUCGAAUCGGCUACUCCAAGAGCCAGUAUUGCCUAGAUAAUUUGAAGGAUUUGUUGAGGUUUAUGAGGCGAGAUGAUCCACAGACGAGAGAGGUUUUUAAACAAGUUUGUAAAUGGAAUACCGUGGGGAAAGAUUUGAUACCUAUUAUGGAGUAUUGCCAAGAUGACCGUAAUUUAGUGUUAAAUGCAGUGAAGGUUCUUGUGUUUCUCACGAUGCCAAUUGACCCAACAUCCGAUGAUAUACCACAGCAAAUAGAGUAUCUUUGGGGCGUAAAAUCUUCUGUAACCUUUAGUCAGAUUGUUCCCGUGAUACUGUCUCUUUUGGAGAAGCCGUUGGAGAAUUUGGAAAGUGAAAUGUUCAUGGAAGAUGACUGGAAGUUGGUUCAGCUGGUGCUUACGCUAUUUAGGAACCUUCUAGCUAUUCAAGAAAUAUCAACCCAGCAAAAAGUGGGUGGAUCAGCCACACAAUUUCUAUCUCUCAGAGACAGGUUCUUAGAGUUGUUAUUUCAAGAAAACAUGAUGGAAAUAAUACUAGUACUAUCACAGCAUGUUGGUGGUUCUUGUGGCUACUUGCGUCAAGACAACUUGCUUUUACUGGAAACUUUUUAUUACAUAUUUAUGAGUCAAGAGCCAGAGUUGAUUGCUAAAGCCUAUUUAGAAAACUCAAAGGAGGAUGAAAAUGUUGAAUCCUCACUCAAGGGUCUUAGCUGCAUCAUGCAAGCUGAAAAAGAGAAAAGGAAGCUGAAUAAGCUGCAUAACUUGGGUGGUUAUUCACAGUUUAGCGGAACAUUUACUCGCCUCACCAUGGAUGGUUCUAAAACGUUAUUUAAGGGAAAUCCCUGUUCUGCUUCUCAUGAUGCUUUACUGAAAGCUCACAAAAAUCAUCGCGGUCCAUCUAAAAGAACAGUAUGGGACCAUGGAAAACUUCCAUCAACAAAAACCAAAAUUUUGCAGUUGCUUCAUGAUUUUAUUGACCAAUUUCUAUCAGGGGGAUAUAAUGUUUUGAUGCAGUCAAUUCGUGAAGAUAUUGAUAAAGAAUGUCAUGCAAUUCAAAACAACGAUGUUGUCACUUUCUUUCAGGUUGCUUGGUUUGUUACUUCGUUCCAAUAUCACAAGUUCCUGAAUUCAAAGCCUUGUGUUCAAGUUGACGGCAAAUCAUCCAUUGAUCAGAAUGCUGAUAAAACUCUAUUUGGGGGUACUAUGUGUGGACCAAUUGCUGAAUCAUUAAACGAGUCCAUGUUUCUAGUUCUCAUUUCUAAGUGGCGCUUUGCAUUUGAUGGCUUGAAGGAGACAAAUGACUACAAAAUGCUUUCUGCAGCUGGAUCUCUAUUAAAAAUUAUGAUCCGUAUACUGGAUUUGGUGCUCAAGCAGUCCCUGGAAGAUUCAACAGAACCUAAAACAGCACGCAUCCUUCUUUACAAGUUGUUCUAUAACCAAACUGAAGAAGGAAUGACUCAGUUUCUCCUCAACAUGAUCAAAUUGUUUGAUACACACAAACAAGCUAAAAGUGAUUUUGCCGAUUUGGUGGAAACUUUAUAUGUAAUUAUACGGCUCCUGGAAAACCUCCAAACACGCGGCACAUUGAGGGUCUCAAAAAGAUCCAGAAAAAGGAAAGUGAAAAAGGAUCUAUUUAAUGAAUCAGUUGAAAAGGAUGUUACUGCUCAGAAUGAAGUUAUUGGCCCCAGUUAUGAACAAUCUGAAGCUGUUGGCAUUUUAGGAAAGGAAAAGGCAGUGGUUCAUGAUUCUGUAGGGACUACAAAUGAAGAUCUUAGUCAGGUUAGUCCGCAUACAGAAUUUGGAGCAGAGAUAGUAAAUUCUAAAAGCAAGCCAGAGGUGGAACAAAAUGUUUGUCACGAGACUUAUCAAGGAAUAGAUGAUUCUUCUGGUGAUGAGCAGCCAGUAACAGAUGAAGUUGAUUUUAACAUAUCCACUGUAGUCUCUGCUCUCAGUAACCAGACCAUCAUAAAAAAUUUGUGUUGGUUGCUGAAAUUCUAUAAAAGCAAUUCCCUUGGUACCAAUCACUACAUAAUAAGCUUAUUACGCAGAGUUUGUGAAGAUCUGGAACUCUCUCCAAUGCUAUACCAGUUAUCAUUGCUCACUACAUUCUACGAUAUUCUGGAAGAGCAGAAGUCAAGGCCAUGCAAAGAACAUGAGAAUAUUGUUCUUUUUUUGACAAAUUUAGUUAGGAGAAUGCUGAGAAAAAUGAAGACCCGCCCACUUCUUUUUGUUGAAGUUCUCUUUUGGAAAACACGAGGAGAAUGCCACCUUAUUAAUGCUGAAUGCAUGCUGAAAGUGGUUGGCAAUUUGAGAAAAGAAAUUAGAAAAGGUGGAUUGAAUGAAGAAACUGGCUUGCCUUACGGGCAAGGAUGGGUUCGGAGAAGUAUAGCUGAUGCACUUGGUGAUGAUGAGGCUGAUAUUAUGACCUUUCAUGAGGAGGUUGACGAGAAGGACAGAAGCAAAAGAAGGUUUGCUGAUGGGAAAGAAAGUAUUGUUUCAUUUUCAAACUAUGAGGCUAGCGAGAAAGAACAUGAUAGCAGGGAUGGUCAUUCUUUUGAGAAAGUGUCCAAAGGCUUGCAGAGAAGAAGAAAACCUCUCGUUCUUAAUGAUGAACUGGAAGGGAAAUUUAGGGAUCUUUAUGAGAAAUAUAAAAAUCAUGAAAAUUGCUAUCAUCUGAUUGCAAAUGCCCUUGAUGAAUAUGGGGCAAGAAUCUCACCAAUUCAAGUUCCUCGGACUCUUAAGAAACUAGGUUUACAACUCUUAAGAAAGAGAAGGAUGUCAGUAGCCAGUUCUGCUGAUGAACUUAGAGAUGGUGAAAUUACUCAUCUGAGUGGGGAUGGCAGUUCUUCAUUGAGAAAACCACUGCACACUAGAAAAAGAGUGCGUGCACUUAGUGAAGAUCAGGAACAGAGGAUCAAAGAGUUGUAUGAGCAGUUUAAAGAUCAUAAGAGAUGCAACUACAUGAUUGCCAAUACUUUGGAUACUGAGGGGUCAGUUUCCACCGCACAAGUUUCGCGCAAACUAAAGCAGCUUGGCCUUUUUGUCCCCAGAAAGAAGAGGUCAGACACAAAUUUCCAUUUGAGGGAUGACGAUUCCAGUGAACUUUCUGCAGGCAGUGCAGAUGAUUCUGACAAUGCAACAUUAAUGUCGUUGAAAAGGAGGAGCAAAAGUGAAACUAAAUAUGCAUCAAGACAGAACCCGGAGUCUGCAAGACAGCCAUCACUGGAUAAUUCUGAUGAUGAAAUGUUGCGGUCUUUUCUGCGCAAAAGUCAGCAGACCAAAAUUGAAAUUACAGAAAGGCAGAACCAGGAGAAUGGAGGAAAGUUGGACAUUUCUGGUCAUGAUGAAUUACUAAGGGAUGCAACAGAAAAAUUAGCUGAAGUGAGAACCUUAGACAUGGGUUCUGGCACAUCAGAACAUGCUGGCUUUACUGAAACUGAAGGCCUCUGGGGGGUAAACCAAUCCGUGAGCGCACUCACUAACGAGGCAAAUAACAGGCAGCCUCAGAAGUUGCACGAUGAAUUGGCUGAUUUUGAGGGUGAAGUCUCACCUGUUGAGUCCCAGAAAUCCAUUGUUUCAAGGAGGCACUUGAGGAUGAUCAUGGAUCUUGAUGAUGAUGAAUAACUGAAGAGUGAGAGACUGAAGGAUUGCCACGUGUUGCACUUUGGAUGGCUAUAUAAUUCACAUGUAGUUUUGCGUUUGAAUUAUCUGUCUUAUAAAUUUGGGGCUGUGUAAAUUCCUGGCCGGCUUACAGGCGUGGGCCGAGGAUGUACUUUCCACCCGCUUGUUCCUUCGCUUAACAUGCUUCAGAAAUCCAACCAGAAAUUGUUUUGUAUGCCUGUCUCGGUUUUUCUUAAAGAGUUGGUCUGACUGCUAAAUG